CCCACGCUGAGUCAUGGCAGCCAAUCCUCGUUGACUGGUGACUCAGCGAGCCCCUACAAUUUCACGGCGCGAUUGAGGAAUAUUAACGGACACGUUUCAUAGUGCUUGCCAGCUCGCAGAUGAUCACCAGAUCUACGCCAGACCCGCUUAUGACGUAUGGCUCUUUUCAAGAACUGAUCGCGUCGCUACGCAUCUUUGCUCGACCAGCGGCCGGGUCGAAUUUAUCAACUCUUCGCAUAUCCAUUGAGCAUUGUCGCCACUGUCGUACAGCCGUGGGGUCACUGUUGGCGACAGCAGCGAUGAUGGGCGAACUCGCAGCGACAUUUGCGAAGCUUGCUGCGUUUCGCUUCCCGAGUCGCCAUACAGAUGCAAUUCUCUCGUACCGAUUGGACCACUUCCGUUGCAGUUCCCUCCUCGCCCGACUCAGUCGCGUGCGAGCAAAGAUUCCUCCGAUAUGUUUGCCUGUCAAGAACUCCGUCAUACUCCCGUACGCUUACUUUAAAACCGCCGCCAUGUGCAGCCAUGGAGUCAUUAGGUUCAAUCCGCUGCUCUGCUCAGUAUCAAACAGCCAUCCCCGGCAGCCAUCCACCUCGAUCCGCCUCUCGAUCCAUCUUUCGCUCACCCUCGUUUUCCAUCUCUCAUGGCGUGGGGCAAUCGCUUGCUGUCACUGGCCGCGCUGGCGGUGGGGCUGCUGGCCGUCGCAGCGUGUGGAGCGAGGGACAUGAUCAAGGGAGCGACUGACGUCGCCGCAAAGGAGCCUCCUGAGGGAGGCAAGGGCGUGGCCGGCCAGCAGAGGAAGGGCGCUCGCAUUCUGGCCGCUGAGACUUUCUCUCAGCGCAGCCCGCUGCCAGACUACCUCUCCCACAUCCCCCGCCGCAAGGCCCUUGCUACCACGUGCGGGCGCACGUCGGUGACGAUCCGGUCGCAGUACCUAGGGCCAUUCGACCUGACCAACAACAUCUUCAACAUGACCUUCUACAACGGCUGUGCCUACAACGUCACCAGCCCACUACGCGUGUGGCAGUGUUUCAACUUCGGCAACGUGUGGGACGGCUCCCUGGACAACCCCGAGCCCAACCCCACGCAGUACCAAAUGGGCCCAAUCUUUGGGCAAUGCUCGGCAGGGUAUUGCGAGAUGUGGAUGAAUCGGGGGGCGUCUGGCAAUGUGCAGAUGUUCCCGGGGGAGACAGUGAACGUUUUGUACGCAUGGACAGAUGCCUUUCGCCCCUGCGCUCAUGAGCUCCACUUCAGCAACGGCAACAGCUACUCUUUGACCAACACCACCGAUUGUGUUGAAGCUGAAUUGAUCUAGUCACCCCAUCAAUGUCAAUCCAUGAGUGCACCACUUCUGCUUUCCAUGAGUUGAACUCUUAUGAGAUGAGAUACAUUUGCUGUUCACUGCUGCUGCCUGCCCUCUGCUACUUAGGUUCCGAUUUGCUUCUGGCUGUACUGCAAUUAAUAUUGAUUUUGGGCUGGGGCAGCAGACUGUCAGCAAAGGGGGGCUGUUGGUAU